AUGGGCCCCGAGGCGGGCGUCCCCCCGCAGCGCGGGGGAGAGCCCCAGGAGCAGGACCAGUUGCUCCAACAGCCCUCGGAGGCCCUCGAUACGGCUGGAGCAGAUGUAGAGACUCCAACAGAGGAGCACCCCUGCAGCAGCAGCAGCAGCGGAGGCACUAGGUGGGGCGGGUUCAUGGCCUGGCUGAAAGGCCGGCGAGCCGCACAGCGGUUGCCCUCUGAGGACGAGGACCAAGGCGACGAGCUGCAGCAGCGGCAGCAGCAGCAGGUGGCCGUGGUGGUCGAGGCCGCGGCCGAGGCGGCGGAAGGCGCCGGCAACACCACCGCAGCGAGCAGCAGCGGCGAGCAUCAGCAUCAGCAGCCCGGCGCCAGCGGCAGCGGCGGGGGCGGCGAGAUCGAGCCGCGCGGCUCGGGCAGCCCCAGGAUAGCGCGCCUGCCGUCGCGGGGGCCCCCCACCUGCUUGAUUUGCCUGGAGGAGUUCACGCAGGAGGAGUUCAUCAACGGCGCCGCGCUGCGCCUGGAGUGCAACUGCCGCGGCGACCUGGCGCUGCGCCACCGCGAGUGCAUCAUGAAGUGGGUGCAGGUCAAGGGCAGCAACGUUUGCGAGCUGUGCAAGGCGGAGAUCCGCAACAUCCCGGCGCCGCCGCCGCGCCCCACCGACGCCGACCUGCCCGCCCUGGACGAGGCUUACUUCAACGACCCCAGCCACAUCCACGACUUCAUGCCCUCCUCCCAGGACCUCGUCUUCGACUGCAUCCGCGUCACAUGGGUGGCCAUGAUUGUGUCCAUCCUGUUCUUCGAAAUGUCGCUGGGCGCGGCGCUGUGGACGGGGCUGCUUGCCGGUUGCGCCUACAGCAUCAUGGUACGGUUGAUGUACAGGCAGCACUUUUACGCCAUGCGCCGCCUGGCGGAGCAGCAGGCCGCGGUGCGGCGAGAGCAGGAGGGCGGCAGCCCCACAGCAGCCGCGCCGCACCCCGUGGUGGUGGCGGUGUGA